AUGCGCUCCCCUCCUCUCGGCCCGUUCCCUCUCCCGCACCGCGCGCUCGCCCCUCCUCUGCCUGACCCGCCGGCCCCGCUCGCUAGCCAGCGCAGCUGCGCGCGCCCGGCCCAGCUCGCGUCCCCGCCUCCUAUCACUGACCAGCUGGGCCCACUGGUCAGCCCGAGCAUGCCUCAACCUUCUAGAAGCUCCACCCGCAUUCGGAUCAUGCCGGUCAGUUGCGUAAUCCGCCUCUCACACGCGCUUAUCGCGGCCGCAAUCACCGCGGCGUCCACGCCGAGCACGAUUGCCCAAGAUCCCCGGCAUCCUACUUUAAACACGCCCGUGGCACCUCCUUCACCUCCCCAUUCUGCAGCCGCCGCCACCAACCCUAACUCGCCGCGCUGCAUAGCUCCGCCGCGCAGAGCUCAACGCGCCGUCGUGGAGACGCCGACCCGCCGCCUCCCAGUCUCGGCCAACCCCCGCAGAAGCUCCGCUGUGCUGCCUGGAACCUUCCCGGGGCCCCCACGCUCAACCUAG